UUAUUAAGUCCUAUAAAAAUGACAGAAACACCUAUUCAAGAUCUUGCUUGUGUUAUAAAUUUGAAAUGGAUGAAAAAAUUAAAGUCGAUAAUUCAAUAGCUCCCUCUAUUGAUAUAGCAGCUGAACUUGUAAUAAAGGAAUAAAAUAUAAUAGAAAAGAAUGAGACUGCAAUGUCUUGCCCGUUGAAAGGACAUAAUUUGGAAUUUGCAAAUAGGUCUUCAAAAUGUUCGUUAGUAGAAGAGGAUAAGUCUUCAAUAAAAACUACUACAGAGAUUUUGUUAAGUGCUUCAGAAAAAAAUAAAACUACUUCCGAAGAGACUAAAUACGCUUCGGAAGCUAUCGAAACCAAUUCAGAAGUAAUUCAAAAUUGUAUUGACCAAAUCAAAAAAAGAUUUGGAGGGAUACAUUUAUUCCUAUGAAAAUGAUGCAAUGACCGAGUCAGAUUCAUGCAUGACAUCUACAUUUGUUAUGGGCGACCAGAGUAGGGUUGAUAAUUCAACUGAUCCUUUUACUGAUAUAGCAUCUGAACCUGUAAUAGAGGAAACUCACAUAAUCGUAAAGAAUGAGGAUGAUAUAAUAGGUGGAAAAUCGUUGAUACAUUAUUCCAGAACAGAACGUUUUUCGCUAUCCUCGUCAAUUCCACCUCGCGCAAUUGAUGUUGAAAUGAUGGGAUAUUGCGAAAAAGUUUACAUGGAACACAAUCGACUUGUUGGUUACAUAGUUUGGACUUCUGAAAGAUGUAAUCUCUACGUUUCCGUUCUUAAGAAGAAACACAAUUGUGAUAUUUCGUCUCGAUGUUUCCUGUGACCUUCCGAAGUCAAUAAAAAUCAAAAUAAAAGAUAAGUUGAAAAAUUUUCCUAUAAUAACUGGUUUUGUAAAAUGGAUCAUUAGAUGGUACAAUCAUACGGCUAAGCAUGAUUUUAUAGUUGAUACUCAAAACUACCAAACUUUUGAUUUUGAAUUAGUAUAAAAACAUAAUCUAAGAAGUAGAAGAUUUUUAUCAAUUACAAUUAUACUUUGUAUUUUAGAAGGAUGUCAUUGGAAACGUUCAAAACAUAUCAUGUUAUAAAAAUGUAACGUUUAAUAUGGAUACAACAGGAAAACGUCCGCAUCGCCUUAAACAUGCUAGUUGAAAAUUAGCAAAAUGUAUUAUUGUAAUAUAAAUAUUUUUGUUAUGUUUCUGUAUAUAAAAUAUUUUACGCAAAAAAGAAAAUCAGUAAUUAUAUUACUUUAAACAGAGUCAUUCGUUUUAUCAUAAGCAACUAAAUUACUGGAAAAAUAUAAAUAAUUACGUCCCUUUUUUUUUUUGUUACCUUUAGUUAAAUUCUGUUCUGAAUCUAUUAAAUACAUAAUACUUUUUAAGUUCAUUUUUUAUACCUUGUAAGGAUGUCAACUUAAUUGAAGUGAAAUUUCUUUAUAAAGGCGAUGAAGAGGUCAGCGUACAAUUUAAUUAGUAUAUUAAAAUUUAUAUGGCUUAUUCUAUUGGAUCUCACUGUAUACUAAGAUUUAAUGGAUAAUUCUUUAGGUUCACUCUGUAUACAAAGAUUUAACUGGUGUUAUAUCUUAUGACAAUAUUGUAACGUAGUCAAAGUGACUCUUAACAAACUAAUUAGUGAGCACCUUUCUGAUACCUAAUCGAAGUGUCUGUAAGGCACAUACUAUUCAAUGAUGAUAGAUUUAUGUUAGAAUGUAUGAUAUUAAUAUACUUGAACUAUUGAUUUAUCGUUCUUUACUCAAAUUAUUAUAAAUAUGAUGUAUAAUGUUCGUUGAGGGUCGAUCUCAAAUCUCUUACUUGAAUUUUGUCAAU